CCCUAAAAACCCAGCCUGCCAUUCUGCCUUUGCUUUCUGAAGCAGGAAAGCCCAGAGUUCUAGGUUCUCUGCCCUGGCCCAGCCCCAGUUGUGUUUUCCCAGCCAAUGCCCCUUGCAGUCAGCCUUGCUGACAGUCAGCCUUUUGUCGUCGGGCUCAGAGCACUUUCGGUUUCAGAAUCUUGUAAAGAGCAUGAAGUGCGCAACUCCAGCCCCAACUCCUGGCGUCUGGCGUGGUGUUCCAGUGCGUACCGACCCUGGAUCAUGGAUUCUCUUUCAAAAGCAAAUGGCACCUUUGCCAUCCAGGUUUUGAAGACGCUGUGUCAAGACAGACCUUCACAAAAUGUGUUUUUUUCUCCCCUGAGCAUCUCCUCUGCCCUGGCCAUGGUCCUCCUGGGGGCAAAGGGCAACACCAAGGUCCAGAUGGCUCAGGCACUGUCUUUAAACACAGAGGAAGACAUCCAUAAAAAGUUCCAGAUGCUUCUCACUCAAGUGAACAAGCCUGGCUCAAAGUACUUGCUUACAACAGCCAACAGGCUCUUUGGAGAGAAGACCUGUGAUUUCCUCUCAACAUUUAAGGAGUCCUGUCUUCAGUUCUAUCAUGUGGAGCUGGAGCUGCUGUCCUUUGCUGAAGCUACAGAGGAGUCCAGGGAGCAUGUAAACAGCUGGGUCUCAAAAGAGACAAAAGGAAAAAUUCAAGUGUUGCUGCCACCUAAUUCGAUUGAUGAGCAGGCCAGGCUGGUUCUUGUCAAUGCCAUCUACUUCAAAGGAACAUGGGACGAGCCAUUUGACAAAACAUGCACAUGCGAAAUGCCCUUUAAAAUAAAUCAGAAGGAGGAAAUACCAGUGCAGAUGAUGUGUCAGGAAACUUAUUUUAAUAUUGGCUAUGUAAAUGAGGUGCACACACAGGUGUUGGAGUUGCCCUACGUCGGCAAGGAGCUGAGCAUGAUCAUUCUGCUCCCAGACGAUGGUGUGGAUCUCAGCUCGGUGGAAAAUAACCUGACUUUUGAGAAAUUCAUAGCCUGGACCAAGGCAGCCUCUAUGAAGAAUAUUGACGUGGAAGUUCUCCUUCCGAGAUUUAAACUACAGGGGGAUUAUGACAUGGAGUCUGUGCUUCAGCGUCUGGGAAUGGUUGAUGCCUUCCAACAGGGCCAGGCUGACUUCUCUGCCAUGUCAACUGAGACCGACCUGUGUCUGUCCAAGGUUGUGCACAAGAGUGUCGUGGAGGUGAAUGAAGAAGGCACUGAGGCUGCAGCGGUUACGGGCAAAGAGAUGGACUAUUGUUCAGCCUAUUUACGGAGGUUCCGUGCUGACCACCCCUUCCUCUUCUUCAUUAGGCAUAACAAAACUAACACCCUUCUGUUCUGUGGCAGGUUCUCAUCUCCCUAAGGGUUGUAUUUCCUUUGCAUGGAGAGUUUCCAUCUUUCACUGUCCCCAGAUUCUCUCUAUAGUUCCAUAAGGAUGGGCCUAUACGUGAAUCAAUUACGAAAUUGAGGGCAGGGUCCUAAACCUUCUGAACCACUUGCCGGCAUGAUCUCAUAAUGCAUGAUCUCAGCUGUCCCCAUACUGCCCACUCAUUUGUACCACGGAUCCAGGAUCCUAGCAAAUAAUAGGCUGUCUUGAUUUCCUGUUGUAUUUAGGAUGAAGGCAGUACAGAUGCCAUAGGAUAGUUUGCAAAGAUUUCCUAGCUGUCCCCAAAUGUAUUUCCUACUCAUUUCACACACGGUGUUAUGCUGUGCUUUCGUGGCACCUCACAUCUUGCCACAUACUUGCCUUAACCUGACUAGCUCAAUAAUAAUAAAUGCAGCUGAAUACUGAAACCAGAAUCUUGAAAUGAAAUUUGAUUCACUAGUUCUCUUGGCAGGUGGUGUCUUCACAAGCUGUGGGGUUCUAUAGUUGAGAAGUGUUGUGGUUCUUAAUGGUGAGCAUGGCCACAUUAUUGCAAUAGAUCUUAGCAGCUCACCUUCAAUUUCUUCCUCUUUCCGGUUUCUUGUCUUGUGAAGUCAAUGAAUGAAAUUCACACACCUGGAUGAGAGAGUGUAAACGUAGAACUUAUUGAAGAACAGGAACAUUCUUUCACUGCAAGCAGGAACAGGAGAGCAGGUUUUCUCUGACAAGAGUGUCCAGGUCUAGGGUUUUAUAUUGCACUUGGUUCACUGCUUUUGGUCCAAGCGUAUGUUAAUUAGGGUUGGGAAACCUAAGAAUGCUAUUGAUCAAUUUCUGAGUUCCAACUUUCAUUCAAGCCUGCCCCACUUCCAUUUUCUUGUGGCAGGUCAAGAAACAGGAGGUUGAAGUUAUAGAUGGGGUUGCAGUGCUGUGGGGAGAAGGCUUUUGUAGCUAGCAUCUAUACAGUGCCCAUCUCUGGCAGGUAAUGAAUGACAGGUCAUCAGGCCUGGGCGCUGACUUGGCUGGAGCUAGCUCACCUGGAGUUGGCCUUCCUGGGUGCUAGCUUGCCGCAUCUGUGUGGUGGGCUCCACAAAGCCAUAGGCCAAGCUUGCUGAACCACUCAGACUGAAACUCCUAUGCUCCACCAGUCCAUGACUGCUGCAGCUUCUCAGCAUAGAGCAGUAGGUUGGCUGCUCCACUUGGUAGCCUGGGAGCCAUGUCAAUACUACUGCUACUUACUAUUCCAGUUUUCCUGGCACCAGGACUUUUAAAAAAAAAAUUAACACAUAUUAAUUUUAUCUUCCUUUGGCAUUCACCGUUCACCAGGUAUAUGACAAGCACUGCAAUAGGCACUGGUGACACAAGGGGACAGAGUCACAGACACCUGAUCUUUAAUGUGUGUUCCCAACUUAUAUAGUGUUUAUGACAACCAGAUUGGAUGGUUUAAUAGCUUUGAACUCACCAUGUGACCCCCUUGCAGCCAGGAUACCUUGCCUCCUAGUAUUGUAUUUACCUCCAACCCAACAGUUAAAUGCCAUUCAGCCCUUAAAGUUCAUUUCAUGUGUCAUCUUCUUCAAGACGUGUAUCUUCUUCUCCAUUAUCCGAUGUACGUCUUUGAAGUUUAAUAAUAACUGCCUAUGGUAGUUGCACUAUUUAUUAAUAAUUAUUCUCAGUCCUCUAGGCCUUAAAGUCUGCAAGGGUUGUGAUUAUAUCUCACACAUGCUUAUGCCACUUACAGUGCAAUAUAAAUAAUUUGAUUAUAUAAGAGCUCUAUAACUUUUUUAAUGCUUGAAUAUCAUCAACUUUAUUGUUCUUCUUAGAAUUUUUAUCACAGUGACAUUCACAUUUCAUCACUCCAGUAUCAUCUAAAGAUGGGUAAAGAUGCUGUGUACCUACCACCUUUAUUGAGUUCCCAAAAGUUUUCAUUGCCCCCAAAGAAAUCCCCAUAUCUACUAAGCAGCAAAUCCUUAUCCCUUCCUUCCUCCAGUCUCUGGCAACCCUGAAUCUGCUUUCUGUCUCCAGGGAUUUACCUAUUCUGCAUUUUUCAUGUAAAUUGAAUCAUAUAAUAUGUGACCUUUUGUGCCUGGCUUCUUCACUUAGUGUGAUGUUUUCUAGGUUAAUUAAUGUUAUAGUAUA